AGGUUCAGGAAAAGGAAAAGAUCAGGACUCUGUUGUGAAGGUGCAAAGGCGUCAUGUUUUCAGUACCAGCCCUGUGGAAUUCAGUCUGGUGCCGCAUAAAAUCUCUCCUUGGGUUUAUUACGAAUGCCGUAUUUUGUUCUGUGAAGCAGAAAGACGACUGCACUGGGGACAGUGAAGAUGAUGAUUGUUUUGGAGAUGUGUUUGGAGGCUCUGGAGAGUCUUUUCCUGGGGGCUAUCAGCUUAUAUGCAAAACAUCAGCUCUUGCUCAUUGGCUGCUAAAAGAUAUUCAGCGCUUGCCAACACUUGAGCCACCUCGCUGGUGGAGUAGUUGGCCACAUCUUCAGACACUUAUUCAACACUUACUACCAGCUGACAUGCCACUGGAGUUAGCCAGGGACUACCUGCAGCUCACGGAUGAUGGCAUUGUUGCCUUGGAUUGGGUAGUGGGGCCAAGACAAAGUUCAAAGACAAGAAAAAUGACGAAUUCCACAAGCAACCCACCAUUGCUCUUGGUCAUUCCCAACCCUUUUGGGAAGCUGACCAGAAACAUUCAGCAUCUUUGUCUACAGGCUUUAGGGAAAGGCUACUAUCCAGUAAUUUUUAACAGAAGAGGGCAAAAUGAUUGUCCAUUGACUACACGUAGGCUACAGGAUUUUGGGGAACCAGGAGACCUGAAGGAAGCUGUUACUUAUAUUCGUUUCAGGCAUCCAAAUGCCUUUCUCUUUGCAGUCAGCGAAGGACUGGGGUCUGGAUUGCUGCUGUCCUAUCUGGGGGAAUGUGGCUCAUCUAGCUACCUGACGGCUGUAUCCUGCAUUUCUCCAGUCUUCCGCUGCCAGGAGUGGUUUGAGACUAAGCUGCCCUGGCUGUAUGAAUGGGCGCUGCUAUUUUAUCAGAAAUAUAUCAUUAGCAGAUAUUCUACAGCGUUAGGAGAAGUUCUACCCACUGAGAAGUUAUUCAGUAGUAGCUCUGUACAAGAAUUUCACGAGAUUCUGCAUUGUGAAUCCAAGAAUGAGAAGACAAGCUGGGACAGAUAUUGGGAGCGCAACGAGCCUCUACGUGACGUUGAUGAAGUUGCUGUCCCCGUUCUUUGUAUCUGUAGCACAGAUGAUCCAAUUCGAGGACAACCACAGACUUCCCUCCCCAUUGAACUUUUCAGGACAAAUCCUUAUUUUUUACUGUUGUUAACACAUUAUGGUGGUCAUUGCGGGUUUCUUACAGGGUCUCCUGUAGCAUGGAGUCAUGAAGUUACACUAGACUACUUUAGAUCCAUGACAGAGUUCUUCCGAACCGAAGAAAAAACAAAGGGGUUCACAAGACGGAGGAGCUCUAACAUGAUGAUCCGGCGGAGAAGGCCAACCUUGCAAAGACGGGAGCCCUCUGUAUACAGAGACCUCGAAGAGGAGAUUUUUAGUUGGAAAAGGUCAUACACCAGGUAAUUACUCAUUGUGAAUCACUGUUUAUUAUAUACAGUAAUAAAUAUAUAAAGAAGUUA